AUGGAUCUGGCAGUCCGUGCUCCGAUUGCACCCAAGAGGUCGCGCUAUGGAUACACCCCAACGGAGUGGGUGUGCAUUCUGUACAUCGUCCUUUUUUCGAUAACUACUCUUCUCCACUUCGCCCAAGCACUUCGUUAUCGUCUGUGGUGGCUCAUCGUCACAGCGGUGGUCUGCGGAAUUUUGGAGAUCCUCGGAUGGGGAGGGAGACUAUGGUCCAGCUUUAACGACUUAUUGUUCUCUCCUUAUGUCAUGCAGAUUACGACGACUAUUAUAGCCCCUACACCACUCGUCGCUGCUAACUUUGUGAUUUUGGGCCAGAUAAUCACUCGCCUGGGUGAAUGCUAUAGUCGCCUGAGUGCCAAAUGGUACACCGCCGUUUUCGUGAGCUGUGACAUUAUCGCACUCAUAGUCCAAGCAGCCGGCGGAGCGGAGGCUGCAAUUGCAGUCUCGAAAGGCACCAGUCCUCAAUCCGGAGGACGCGUCAUGCUGGCGGGUAUUGCCUUCCAGCUUGCUGCCAUCACUUGUUACAUGGGACUAGCAGCGGAAUUCAUCACCCGGAGUCUCAAGGACUGGCCAGUGCGCGCCAGGAGUACCGGUGCAAGGACUUCAGAUAUGGACAAGAACAUGAAGCUGAUGCUCCUCGGGCUGGCUGCCAGCAGCGUGUUCAUUUACAUCCGGUCUAUUUACAGAACAAUCGAACUGGCGAACGGAUGGACCGGCGUGAUCAUUCACACGCAGGCUUUAUUCAACGUUUUCGACGGUGCGAUGAUCACCCUCGCGAUGUACACGAUCAAUGUCCUGCACCCUGGACGCCUGCUGGGCCCCGGGAAUACGUGGAUGCGGUACACAUCGCCACGCAAGGAGGCUGAGUUGGGCGACUCUGAACACUCCUCGGUCAACAAGGAGAUCAAUCCGUCGUCGAAGGAGGAUGGUACCGCCCAGUAA